UUUUACAUCCUUGAGAGUGACAGAGUGGAGCCGGACUCGUGCCGGGGAGUUGUGCACCCAUCUCCUUUUUUUAAAAACUCCUUUUUUUUCCUUCCGAAAUUGUCCAUACCAUACAGUUUAGUGACUCAUUAUCAGAUUUCUGGAGACAUGGCCACAGAACAUGUAAAUGGAAAUGGUACAGAAGAACCCAUGGACACCACUGCUGCAGUUACCCAUUCUGAACACUUCCAGACUUUAUUAGAAGCUGGUUUACCACAGAAAGUUGCUGAAAAACUAGACGAAAUUUACCUAGCAGGCUUGGUAGCGCACAAAGACCUUGAUGAAAGGGCGAUAGAGGCGUUGAAAGAGUUUAAUGAAGACGGCGCCCUGCAAGUCCUGCUACAGUUUAAAGACAGCGACCUUUCACAUGUUCAGAACAAAAGUGCCUUUCUUUGUGGAGUAAUGAAGACUUACAGACAAAGGGAGAAACAGGGGACCAAAGUGUCAGAUUCCAGUAAAGGACCAGAUGAAGCAAAAAUCAAAGCCCUCCUGGAGCGGACUGGCUACACGCUGGAUGUAACGACGGGUCAGAGGAAGUAUGGAGGACCCCCUCCGGAGUCGGUCUAUUCAGGAACCCAGCCCACCAUAGGCACGGAGAUUUUUGUGGGGAAAAUCCCACGGGAUUUGUUUGAGGAUGAACUGGUGCCACUCUUCGAGAAGGCGGGGCCCAUCUGGGACCUGCGGCUCAUGAUGGACCCCCUCAGCGGCCUGAACAGGGGCUACGCCUUCCUCACAUUCUGCACUAAAGAAGCGGCUCAGGAGGCAGUCAAGCUGUGUAAUAACAGUGAAAUCAGGCCUGGCAAGCACAUUGGCGUGUGCAUCUCCGUGGCUAACAACAGACUGUUUGUCGGUUCCAUCCCCAAGAGCAAAACGAAAGAGCAGAUUGUGGAGGAAUUCGCUAAAGUCACAGAGGGCCUUAAUGACGUCAUACUGUACCAUCAGCCAGACGACAAAAAAAAGAACAGAGGCUUUUGCUUUUUGGAGUAUGAAGACCACAAGUCGGCUGCCAUGGCGCGGCGCCGGCUAAUGAGUGGCAAAGUGAAGGUGUGGGGCAAUGUGACGGUGACGGUGGAGUGGGCUGACCCCAUCGAGGACCCCGACCCAGAGGUCAUGGCCAAGGUGAAGGUUUUAUUUGUCCGCAACCUCGCGAGCACUGUAACGGAAGAAAUACUUGAAAACACCUUCAGCCAGUUCGGAAAGUUGGAGCGAGUGAAGAAGCUUAAAGACUACGCCUUCAUUCACUUCGACGAGAGAGAUGGAGCAGUGAAGGCGCUGGCUGAGAUGAACGGUAAAGACCUGGAAGGAGAGCACAUCGAGAUCGUGUUCGCCAAGCCCCCGGACCAGAAGAGGAAAGAGCGCAAGGCCCAGAGGCAGGCCGCCAAAACGCAAAUGUAUGAUGAUUACUAUUACUAUGGCCCACCCCACAUGCCCCCUCCCUCUAGAGGCAGAGGCCGGGGUGGCCGGGGGGGCUACUCCUACCCCCCCGACUACUACAGCUACGAAGACUACUACGAUUACUAUGGCUACGACUACCACAAUUACCGAGGCGGCUACGAGGACCCCUACUACGGCUACGACGACUUUCAGGCCCCAGUCAGAGGGCGGGGUGGGCGGGGCGGCCGGGGGGCGGCCCCACCCCGGGCCCGUGGGCCCGCCGCUCCCAGGGGCAGGGCCGGCUUCUCCCAGCGAGGGGGUCCCGGAUCGAGCAGAGGGGCGCGAGGGGCCAGAGGAGUCGCUCCGCUGAGGGGCCGCGGGGUACGUGCUUCGCGAGGUGGCCGCGGUGGAAAUGUAGGAGGCAAGCGCAAAGCUGACGGGUACAACCAGCCAGAUUCCAAGCGGCGCCAGACCAAUAAUCAGAACUGGGGCUCUCAACCCAUUGCCCAGCAACCCCUACAAGGUGGUGAUCACUCUGGUAACUAUGGUUACAAGUCUGACAACCAGGAGUUUUAUCAGGAUUCUUAUGGGCAACAGUGGAAUUAGAUCAAGCGUAGCAGAGCUUUGAGGGCAGAGAACAUUUUCAUACUAGCCUGGGGCAAUCAAACGUCCCGAAACCAAUGGCCUCAUGAAACUUGAAUGGCUACCUUUUUUAUUUUCUAUUUUUUUUAAUUGGUGUCAUCUGGCCAGAUUUCUCACUUGUGUGUAUAUAUAUUUUUACCUAUCCGCUUGGACUUGAACACUAGUUACACUCCCAGCUGCUUCUGGCGAACUUGUACUAUUUUAUUAUUUUUAAUCCAGUUUGGACAUUUGGACAUUUACUUUCACAGGCUUUAAGUGCAGUCUUUUUGGCUGUAGUGUUAUAUGUAUAUUUAUAGCAAUUUUCUCCAUGUCUUAAAAGUAGGUUAACAACAGCAAACACAACCUUCAGUUUCCUGUAUGAAAUACAAAUAAAAUAACUAUUUGUAUGCUACUGAAGAUAACACUGCUACAAAAUAACGUCUUGUUAUUUAAAAAUAUGGACCUUGGUCCUAGUUUUGGCUUUGUUUUGGCUUGUAUCCUUUGCUGUUUGUCUGCUUGAAUAAAAUUGCACACAACCGUGUAACAAACUUCAAAUUGUGUUUCAAAUUCAUGUUUCGGCAAAUUUUUUCCACAAAUUGCAUUCAAAUUUAAGGCUCCAUGUGGAAGAAAUGGACCAAGAGGUUUGCUUUCUCUAGCUCCAUGCUGCAAUGUCACUUUGCAUGCCUUCAAAUUACGUAGACCUUUUCAAUUUCACAUAGUGGAAGUGAGUGGACAUUCUCUUUUAGCUGCUCAGGCUAAUUAUGUAGCUGCACAGCUCGUUUAGUGCCCAUUUUGUGCUUUCCUUUAACACAGAGCACCAGUGCACAGUACACUGUGGAAAAAUUGAUUGCAAUUUGAUUCUACAUGAUGCACCCCCACAGGAGAAGAUAUUAAUCUUU